AUGCACCAGAUGCACAGCUCUUUUGAUAUGAAUAAGGACACGACUAGUUACAACAGUAAUACACCCAGCAUGACUAAGUACAACAGGGGCAAGGACACGACUAAUUAUAACGGGAGUACUAAUUACAACGGGGAAAGUGCCUUGUUAAAUAAAAAUAACAAGGACAGCAGUACUAGUACUAAUUACAACAGUAAUAUUAGUACUAGCUAUAACAGUAAUAUUAGUAGUAGUUACAACAGUGAAAGUGCCUUGUUAAAUAAAAAUAGCAAGAGUACGACUAAUUACAACAGUAAUAUGACUAAUUACAACGGAAGUACUACCCUAAAUAACAAUAAUACGACUAACUACAACAGUAGUACCCUUCACUUCUUCCUUUUCUCUUCCUCCCCAGAUACAUAUCCUACUAAGCUGAUUAACCUCCUGGAACGAAAACUAUUCCAGAAGGCAUCUGUGUCUUAUACGCAUAUUAAGGAAUAUACUACAAAAGUGUCCGUUAAAUUACUUAAAAAUACAGUUAUAACAGAUAUAUUAACUGACAUUGCAGAUAUAUCAUUUAUUUCACUGUAUAUACACGUACCCCCAUACUUACUCUCUGAUGAAGACACUUUCCUGUGCGAAUUAGACAAGAUAUCCAGGGUACAUUCUGGGUCACUGGAAUAUUCCGUACUAAAAUCAUAUUUAUCCGUUAAUAUAUCAGAUAAUUACAAGAAUGCCUUUAAUAUACGCACAGAUAUAUUUAGACUAAUGGAGAAAACCCUUAACAGGACACCUGUCUCCAUAAAUGCACCUGUCCAUGGGGGAAAUCUGCUGAAAACUGGGGCACAUGUGUACUUUGAGAGUAAAAUACUAAGUACAAAGGCAAUUAUAGCAUACCCUUCAUCAGAAUAUGUUAGUGCUUCUAGUUUAUCUGAUAAAUUAUAUGAUAAGUUAUUGACUGUUGAUAAAAUAUCACUGUUCUAUGCACUAACCCAUUUAAGAACUGACUUAGAAGAUAUUCUGGUCAGGAAUGAGUCAUACAUCAUGGAAAUAUCCCAUUCUGAUGGAACAUCCAUCUUGCAAGUCUCUGGUUUCUGCAAGAAAUCCUUGAAUGAAGCAAUUAUUCAGCUGGAAAUUCUUUUCAUCUCCAUUGUCACUAUGAAAAUAUCUGGGAUUGACAGAUUCUGCGAUGCAAAAGUGUUCUUGUUCACGGGACCACAUGAGACCCGGGUAAUCGGGAGAUCGUCAGAAAUCAAGAAGAUCCUUCGAGAUAUUGAUGCAUCCUGCGAGAUAUCCGUGUACAUCCCGGAGACAAUUGAAGAAUUCAUAUGCGGCAAGAAAAAUGGUAAAUUACACAAAGUAUCCAGAGAGAGUGACUGUGCACUUUCCAUACAGCGUGAUAAAUUACUGGCAAUUCUGAUUGAAGGAAACUCAUCUAAUGCUGAAUUUGGGCUGAAAAUGAUCGAAGAUGAAAUUCCCACUGAAUUCGGGUUUUACUUGCACGAAAGACACCAUAAAAGGAUAAUAGGAUACGGAGGAAAAUCAAUACAAAGAUUAAUGAAGAAGAACGGGGUCUACAUUAAAUUUGAAAGUGCGACAGAAUCAGGUAAUAAUGUGAUCAUCAGGACACCCACAAAGAACAAAGAGUCUUUAUAUAAGAUGUACAAGGAUGUCAUGGACCUGGCAGGGGAAGCGCCUUUAAUUGUGCACGGUUCCUGGUACUCCCUCUCUUUCUUUGAUUUCCAUGCACUUUCCUGUGAUAAUUACAGGUUUAGUCUAUCCUGUAUGGAGGUAUUCUGUAAGGAGCCUGUUGAUGUAAAGUAUUAUCUAGUGGAUAGACCAAAUCAUAACGUAAUUUACAAGAUUGGCAGUAAAUUCGUGGUUGCAAGCAAUGAAAUAAUGCCAGGUGACAGAAUUACAACUGAAAUUUGGUCUAACCCAAAUUCCAUGUCCAGGUACUUCUCAUGGAGAUAUGAAGAACCCUUGUUCUGUGAUAAACUCAUAUGGGCAAAUAUUAAUAACCCAAAAUUAAAGGGAAAGAGCUUCUCAGAGUCAUGGGACAGUGCCCCCUGGAGGAGUACAUUCCCAGCACACCAAGGUUAG